AUGCCGCUCGCAGACGCACUGCCGCGGCUGGAGGCGCUAGUCGAAGCAGCGGGGGAAGUGGGUGAGACGGCUCGGGCCGAGGAGCGCCAGUGUGACCUCUGCUGGGACGCGCCGCGCUCGGUCCGCUUCGCGUGCGGCCAUGCGCUGUACUGUGAGACGUGUGCGCCGCGCGUGCUGGAGCGCGACACCAACUGCCCGGCUUGCCGCAAGCCGGCGCUGCCGCUCGCCGCAAUUGGGACACAGGUGGCAGAGCAGGCGACGUUUGUCCACCAGCCGCCCGCUCGCGCUGUGCCACACCCUCCGCCCGCUGGUGCCGCGGCGGUGGUCGGCGGGCGAGGCGGGCGAGGCGGGCGGGGAGGGCGGGGCGGGCGGGGCGGGCGGGGGAGGCCGCGGGGCGAGGGGCGGGGCGCUGGCAGCUCGUAG